AUGUCGCACCACCGAGGCGGUGCUGGUGGAAACCAGCACCUGCACUACGACGGCACGUACGGACCAAUAUCCCCCUCGAAUUCUCCCGACAUUCCAUCGCCUCGUCAGUGGACGGAGCCCCCUCCUUCUCCGUCGUCAAAAUCUUCGUUCUCUGCGCGAGAGCGACUGGAAACGUUGAAAAGAAAUAAAAGUAGGACGAAGAAUAUCCGCAACAUGUUCCCUCGAAUGGAACGGAUCGCGCUCGUUAUCCUAGUCGUCGUAUUCUGGACGCAACAAAUGUACUCGAAUUUUACCAUGAUGCCUGGUAAAGGGAGUUUAGAGAAGGAACAUGAGCACGUAUUGGGAGGAGGAGGAGUUAGAAGAGGAGGAGGAGGGGUGUUGACUUCAACGAAUCGCAAGAAAUCGAACGGCAAUAAUAAUGUCGUGAGGUUCACGACGAGCGAUUUAAAUUCUGGGAUUCACACGGAGACGAGGAGAGUGAGGAGAGAAGGCACCGCGAAUCGGAAGGAGAGUAUAGGUUCUUCGAAGGAGAAGGACGCCGCGGCGAGCGGCGCCGGUACUCCAGCGCGGCCGGCGACGCCGAGAUGGUUCACGAGACAAGCGAGAGAGUUUUGGAAGGUUUAUGAAGACGACGUCGCGAUGAAUUGCCCGGAAGGCACAGACGAGGAGGAAGGAUGCGCAUUGCCGCAGGAAACGUACGUGAACUUUGCAAAGUUGUCGAUUAACGAUCAGACGGCGACUUUGAAACAUUUGGGUUUGCCGGCGAUUCGAGCGAGAGAUUUGCUGUUGAACGGCGUUUCGGAUGCAGAUAAGCAGAGUUUAUUGCUGUUGAGCGUAGACGCGACGAGAGCGAAGGAGAUUAUAGAGUACACGGCAACUUUGCCGGCGUUGAAAUUGAUUAAGCGGGGGAUUUUGAGGUCGCCGAGGAAGGUGUUGGCGGUAUUGGCGGCGUUGAACGAUAAGACGGAAGCGUUGGAUCGCAUUUUGCCUCAUUUGACGACGACGCGCGGUGGGAGUGCUGGUAGUAGCGAGAACGAGAACGAGGAACACCGUCACCCUCAUCAUCAACGUUUGCACAAGCAACCGCUCCGACCGUUUCUGUCGUGGUUCCCGGACGCGGAUAUCGCGGAGCUUCUCUCGGCGUCUUCAGCUUUGCAAGCUUCCAUCGCGGUGGAAACGUUAUCGCUCAAGAAGCUCGCCGACGUGUUCACGAGAAUGCUUACGCCUCCAUCGAAAGAAACUGCAACAAGUAGUAGUACUAGCACUAGUGGUAGUAGUGGUUCUCGAGCCAGCGCCGCCGCCAAGCGCCAUUCCACUGGUUCGUCAUCAACAGCAGCGGCAAAAACCAUCGCCAUGAUUCUCGAAGCCUCCCGCCGGAGCCAAGCGGCGAAAAUCCUCGCCCGACUCGACCUCGAUUCGCAAACCUUACUUUACUCCAAAAUGGACGAAGCUACCGCAGAGGCGUUAAAAUCUCGAGUUUCCUUAAUCUCCCCCGAAUCCAUCGAAGAAGAAGACGAAUCCGUCGCCCGAACGGAUGAAACGCAAACGUUUGAUUUCGCGCAAAUAAACGACGCCAUCCAAUCCGUGAAUAAAGACAUCAAAUCGAGCGAAGAGAAAGCGAAAAAUGAGCGGGAUAAAAUGGAAAAAGCCGGUCUGUCCUGGAGAGGCGUCGGUUGGUGA